GUGCCACCGCUGCUUCCUCCUCCUCUUCCUCCUCCUCCUCCUCCUCCUCCUCUCUUGACAUGGCGGCGUCAGCAGAGCUCUGCGGUCUCAGCGAUGAGGCAGCCUACGGCGCCUGCUCGGAGCCGGAUGCCAGCACGAAGGAUUUUUUGUUCCAGCAGACAAUGUUAAGAGUAAAGGAUCCUAAGAAAUCACUGGAUUUUUAUACAAGAGUUCUUGGAAUGACACUGCUUCAAAAAUUUGACUUUCCUGCUAUGAAGUUCUCGCUCUAUUUCCUGGCAUAUGAAGAUAAAAAUGAUAUCCCGAAAGAUAAAACUGAGAGAACAGCUUGGACCUUCUCUAGAAAAGCUACACUUGAACUGACACACAACUGGGGCACUGAAAAUGAUGAAAGUCAGUCUUAUCACAAUGGCAAUUCAGAUCCCCGAGGAUUUGGACACAUUGGAAUUGCUGUCCCUGAUGUCAAUAAAGCCUGUAAGAGGUUUGAAGAACUAGGAGUGAAAUUUGUGAAGAAACCAGAUGAUGGUAAAAUGAAAGGACUUGCAUUUGUUCAGGAUCCUGAUGGCUACUGGAUUGAAAUUUUGAAUCCUAACCACAUGGUGACUCUCACUUAGUUCUAAUGAAGUAAAUUAUAUGAGAUGCACGUUUUCAGUCCCGUGGAGAAAAUCUGUAAGAGUGUGAAAUUCUGGCUUAAUGGAGAGGAAUCAGUUGUUUUCGGUGUCUCCUCUAAAACUAUCCCCUGGACCUAAAUAUACUUGAAUUCCUUUUUCUUGUCCUGUGAUGCCACUGCAAUUUGCUUCCAAUUAGGAACAGACAACCAUCUUUUGGAAGAGCACUAAUAUAGAUUCUCCUCUUGAACACUAUCCUAAUAUUUCAAUAAACUCAAAAGAUAUGUGACCAGAAAUUGACUGCAUCUCACGCUGUUUAGACUUAAACUAACAACAACAAGUCCUGUUACUACUGAUGUUUUUCAACAAGGAGGAAAAAACCCCACAACUUCAGAAUUUUUUUUUAUGAAGUCAAAAGAUCCUGAAGACUUCAUGCCCUAUCUUGUACACUAGAAAAUAAAAAUGUCAGCCUAACUUUGACUUGAGUAGUAGCAUGUUUCUGAAAUUCCUAAUCUUACUUAUAUUAUGCCAAGCAAAACUCUUUAAGGAGCAGGCUUAAACAGCCUUGCCUGGAACAUGAAACUUUUUUGAGGCAAUAAAUCAGUCCAGCAGAAAGAAUUCAGUCUUUCAGCUUCUGGCUGCUGAUUGACAGGCAAGAUAAGAGGUCUCCUAGUUGCUAACUCAGAGUCAUCCUUCUUGUCUUUUCCAAGAAAGAACUUGCUCAGAAUUUGAUUUUGAUGAAAGUCUGGAGCUAUAUUUAACUUAAAUGCUCUCAGUGUUCUGCAUUAGCUUAAUGAAAACAAGUAUCUGAAACAACAGUUUCCUACUAGCAGAUGUUUUUGAUCUGCCCUCUCAAAAUGAGUGAUGGCUACUGAAAUGAUACCUGUAAAUAGCAGGAAAACAUGUAACACUUAUGUUACACAAAUUAUUUGAAUUUAUGCUGUUCUACCUGUUACGAACAGUGUAAAACAUGUCAAGUUUUGAAAUCCUGUUUUUCCUUCCACCAAGGAAGAAGCCCUCUGCCCUGUCUUACUGUGGUUCGAGUAGCACUUAACUCAGUUAUGUGACUAUUGAGUAGUGUAAUGGCAUUGCAGUUCACUUCCAGAUAAAGCAUUGCUGAAAACUACAAAAUAAUUUUAAAGAACUGUGAGCUGUUUCUUUUCUUUUUUGAAUCCUAGGUAGCUGAAUGUCUAUUUGUUUUGUUUUGUGGAUUCUUUUUGGAGAAGAAAUCUGGUGAUAAAAGGUAGAAUAUGAAUUGGGAGUACAGUAGUGAAGAUAACUGUGUGACUUGAUUGGCAGGAUGUUUUAGUAAUGAGGAUAAUGUGCAGAGUUAAUAACUGUCCAUAACUCCCUGGCUUAUAAAUUAAAACAGAAAUGUAGAAAGUACUGCAAUUGAUUUCUACUAUGCUAAUGACCUAAAUGCUGAGUGUUACUGUCAUCUCUCCUUAUCUGAAAAAUCCUUAAUUCUGGUCUGCCUCAUCUUAACAAGCUAGCAUAUAUAAAUGCAGUAAUUUUAGAGCUCCACAUGAAAAAUCACUCAUAAAACUUAAUCCAAGAUAUCUUACUCAUUUCCAAGGGUAAACGAAAAUAGAUUAUAUGCUUUGUCUGAGCCUUAGUAGGUGUUGGAAAACAGAAUGUGAAAACUAUUGCUGUGCUUAAUACCCCUAUGGAUGUGCAAUCAAUCAUAAAUUCAUUGCAAGGUAGACAGUAACUCAAAAGAUAAUCUUUUUUUUCAGUUUUCUGUUAUAUGAAGCAACCCUGAUUUUUUAAAUUGUCAUUUAUGUCAUAUUUUCUGGCUGGUCUCUACGUAAGCAGAUACUGUGCUUUAGGUUGUGUCUUAUCAGUGUCAUUCAUAUAGAACAGAUUCUUUCCCUUCUUGAAUAUUGGCCAAGUUGCCUUUAUUCUGCAACAAUAACACUGUUGGUUCACAGUUGCAUUCUCUAUUUCUGCCCUCCCAUACCUCCAGAACUAAUACCUACCCUGUUCCCUGUCUUGUUCCUUGUGUGGUUGAUUAUUCUCCUAUAUGUUAGGUCAUUUUGAUAGAGACAAUAUAGUUGCUACUGUUGGGAGUGACAUGUCCUGAGUGAGCUGUCCUAAUAGCUGUCACCACAUGAUCUCACAGUCAUCUUUGUCCCAGAUGUGGAGCUUUUGACAUUGCACCCCCUGCCCCAAGCAGGCUAACUUAGCUUAAUAAAGUGGCAAAGAUUUUCUUGAA